CAGCUGGAGCAUGUCAGAAGUGAUCUUUAGGGGCCAAGUGACAUGUUCCAGACGCUGUCAUGCCAUCAGAAGGAGUUCGAUUUGGCCAGCAGCGAUGCCAGUGAUGUGGAGCCCGGUGAACCAGCAGCUCCAGCUCCAUCGACCCCCAAGGUGCAGCCUGCGGUCGCGCGGGUCGCGCGGCACGGCAGCGAUGACGAGAUGGUGGUGAUCAGUGCUCUGGUCACGGCGACAUCGCCGGUAUCGCCGGUAUCGCCCACGAAGUUCGCCUUUGCUCAGCGCUGCCGGAGAAUGGCCGAGGCCAAGUCACCCAAGGUGAAAUCGCCCAAGGUGAAGAAAGCACGGCUGGAAGUGGAAGGUGAUGGAGAAUGGCUCUAUCCUGCGUGGCCCAAGGGGCGCCGUACUGGUGAAGUGCGCCACGGAGCCCUCCGGCAUGGCACAGCCGACUUGGAACCAGAGGGCGACGAGGACCCAGAGGCUGAAGUGCCACAGCAGCGCAUGGUGCUGUUCCAGCGCAGCUCGUUGCUACCGGAGGACCUAGGUGUAAGUCAUCCAGAUCCCCUCUGUGAGCCCCAAGCGAUUCGUGAUACCAUGCCACCACCCUUCGAGCCGGAGGACGAGGUGCGGAUACCUCAGCAACUGGUCCGGGACGGUCUUCUCUCUUCCCCUCAGUUGGAGGCCAUUGCGCUGGCAGCAAGGCGCUUUGGCUGUAGCCUUUCGACUGGCGCACGCUGUGGCUUCUUGCUUGGUGAUGGCACUGGUUGUGGAAAAGGUCGUUGCAUUGCAGCCUUGCUCCUUGACCAAUGGAAUCGUGGCAAUCGGAGACAUGUGUGGAUCUCUGCCACGACAGAUUUGUAUCAAGAUGCCGUUCGGGACUUGCAGGACCUGAGGAGUGGCAUUCCAAUCUGCAACUUGGCGCGGGUCAAGUGCCGAGAUCUGGACCUGGAGAAAUCGGAUGAGCUGCAGAAGCUCGGGAAGAACAAGGAUGGAGUGCUUUUCCUUACCUACUCGCUCCUGGUAUCCCAAGGACGUUCAGGUGGCGCCACACGCUUCGAACAGUUGCAGACCUGGCUCUGUCAUCACCAGGAGAACGGCAGUGGUUUGAUCGUUUUGGACGAGGCGCACAAGGCCAAGAACUUGGACGCCGGGUCACGUUGCGCGGCGCUGGUGGAGGAACUGCAAGGAAAAUGUUCCAACUGUCCCAUGCUCUACGCCACAGCCACCGGAGCCACGGAAGUGUCGCAUAUGCAGUACAUGCUGCGGCUGGGCCUCUGGGACCAUAAAGCCUUUGGAAAAGGCGGAGAUGGCGGCCCCGAGGUGGCCAAGGUGCAGGAGGUUAAGGCGCCAUUCCCCAACUUCUGGGCCUUCAAGAAGGUGGUGGAGAGAGGUGGUGUCACUGCCAUGGAACUGGUAGCGGUUCAGCUCCGCCUGAGUGGCAGCUUGUCCUGCCGUUCCUUGGCGUUCUCCGGCACCGAAUUCCAACUGGUCACGGCGGAACUCACCAGCAGCGAAGUGGAACAGUAUGAUGCAGCCGCCCAACUUUGGGUUGACUUGCGGCAGCAUAUCGAGCUGCUGAAGGACGCGGAUAUGUUGGGCGAUGGCCGGGGGAUCGAAGCCUUGUUUUGGGCCACCCAGCAGCGCUUCUUCAAAGGCCUAUUGGUGGCGGCCAAAGUGGCAAAGGCUGUGCGACUGGCCAAGGAUGCUGCUUCCAACAAUGAAGCGGUGGUGCUGUCCUUGUGGACCACAAACGAGGCUGCCAUCACAAGGGCCGGCAUCUACGACAGCUUCGCCUCAGGCCCUGAGUUGGCCUUUGAGCAGUUCCUACAGCAUUUGCCCACUUCAAAGGGUGGCAAGGACAUACCACGUGUGGCUGAAGGCCACGAGUCCCUGCUGAAGCGAGUGCGUGACUUGAAGUUGCCGCCGAAUCCCCUGGAUGCGCUGAUCGACCAGCUGGGUGGACCCUCAUGCGUGGCAGAGAUGUCAGGGCGUUCGCAGCGCAGCUUUAAGGACCCCAGCACCAAGGAGGUGAAACGCCAGCUGCGCAAGGCGCGUGGCACAGGCGCUGCCAGGGGCGCUGCCGGCGCCCUGUCGGUGAACGUGGCGGAGCAACGCGCCUUCCAAAGCGGUGCCAAGCACUUCGCCGUGAUCACCGAAGCUGCCUCUGCAGGGAUUUCCCUACACAGUGAUCGGCGUGAAGUAAAGGGAGGAGCGACGCCACGGCGUCGCCACAUGAUCUGCCUGGAACUGCCUUGGGCGGCCGACAAGGCUGUGCAGCAGCUGGGGCGGGUGCAUCGUUCCAACCAGCUUCAUCCACCAAAGUUCACUUGCAUCGUCACCAACCUGGCGGGUGAGGCCCGCUUCGUCUCGGCCGUGGCCAAGCGCUUGGCUCAGCUGGGCGCCAUGACGAGAGGGGAUCGCCAUAGCGGCUUUGGCUCUCGUGGUGAUGUCUUCGGCUUUGGGCGGAUGGAUUUGAUGAGUGGCCCCUAUGGGCCGGCAGCACUUUCAAAGGCCUUGGCUGAUUUGGGUCUGGAGGAGAAGGGGAAAGCAUCAGUGAACUUAGAGAGGUGGCCUGGGGGUUGGGAGGAGUUUACAGCUGUAGCGCAGAUGGCACUGGAAACCCAACAGGUUUCACCUGGCCGUGACCAGGAUGGGAAAACCUUGAAGAGAUUCCUGAACCGAGUUUUAGGCAUGAGCUGCCGCCUUCAGGAGACCCUCUUUGAGCUGCUGGCCACACACGUGGCAUCCAUGGAGGCAGCAGAUCGUCGCGAUGGCUUGCUGAAUCAGGGGGUGCUGUCUCUGAACCGCGGAAUGCGGUGGGGUCGGCUGCAGCAAGUCACUGAGCUGAUGGCUGAGAACCUCCCAGGUGCCCUGGUCCUGCGCCGUUUGUGCUUGAUGCGGGGCAUGGAUUUCGAGGAGGCUUCAGCGCUGUUAGAACGGGCACCGGAGGAUCAGGAGGCUAUGCAGGGCUUCUACAUGCGCUCCAAACACGAAGAAGUUCUCUUGGUUCUGCGGCGGCGCACACGUGAUGGCCAGGUGGCUUACCAGCUGGUGCUGCCACAUGACAGUCCCAAAACGCAGCUGGAUGGCAACUCGUGCACUUUGGCCAAGAUGAAACAAAACUCCAUGCGGCGCAUCACCCCAGAUGCAGCCAAAGAGCACUGGACGCAACAGCAUCGGCUGUCGGAAACGCAGUGCCUCCACGUGCAACGGGGCCAGAACUGCGGAAACCGCAACUGCCGCUCGGGAAAACGAUUCUUGGAGGAGACCAUGUUGACAGGGCAAGUCUUGGUACAUUGGGAUUUUCUGUGUGCCCUGCUGGGCGAGAAGAACUCGCUGGUGCGUUGCGAGCUGAACACGGGGGCAGUGCUGGUGGGCUUGGUGAUUCCACAGGAUAUGGUGGCCCGUUUGCGUCAAAGCAUCCUAGAGCGAGCGGAAGACGAUGAACAGCAAAAUCCCCGGGAACGAAGACGAAGGCAGCCCGACAUGGUCGAACUCUCCGAUAGUGAAGCUUCCCAGGCCUCACUUUCUUCGAGUUCGGAUGUGCAACCCAUCGUGAGGCGAUUUCAAGGGGAAACUGGGGCCACUGGAGCCAUCUGGAGCCAACACACUGGAGAUCACUGGAGCCAUUGUUUGAAGAUUUUGAAGUGCUGGAACUUUUCACACUGGGUGCCAGGAUGUGCCAGGUGCAUUUUUUCUACUGUUUGUUGAUCCUUGGGUUGCACAUCCGAGGCCUAAAUCGCCCAAGCAAAGACGAGUAGAUUCCAGCCUGGUGUUGUCCAGCAGCGAGUGAAAA